UAAUAUUAAGUCCAAUAUCAACCAUGGGAAUCUUUCCCUUAUUGUAUUACUCUUUCCUUUCCCUAGUUUUCCUUCAAAUUUUCAAGUUUUUUCUUCAAAGCAGAAAAUUCAGAAACCUUCCACCAGGUCCACUUUCUCGUCCCAUAAUUGGCAACCUCCACCACCUCGAACAACCACUUCACCGCACCUUCCAACGCAUGUCACAAAAAUAUGGCCACAUCUUUUCUCUCUGGUUCGGUUCCCGUCUUGCUAUAAUUGUUUCAUCACCAUCCGCAUACCAAGAAUGCUUCACCAAAAACGACAUCGUCUUAGCAAAUCGGCCACGCUCACUCUCAGGAAAGUACAUCUUCUACAACUACACCACCGUAGGAUCCUCCUCCUACGGCGAGCACUGGCGCAACCUCCGCCGUAUCAUUUCCCUUGAUGUCCUUUCAACUCAACGUAUUCACUCCUUCUCCGGAAUCCGAAGGGAUGAAGCGAAUAGGUUGAUGCAUAAAUUGGCCAGGGACACGUGCAUGGACUUUGCAGUAGUGGAAUUGAGUCAAGAGUUCCAGGACAUGACAUAUAACAACAUGAUGAGGAUGAUAUCAGGGAAGAGAUACUAUGGUGAAGAGAGUGGCAUCAAGGAUGUUGAUGAAGCGAGGGAAUUCAGAGAAACCGUAGCACAGUUGCUUCAAUUUGGAGUGUCUAAUAAGGCUGAUUAUUUGCCUUUCCUUAGGUUGUUUGAUUAUCAAAAUGUGGAGAAGAGGCUACGGAAUAUUAGUAAGAGGUUUGAUACGUUCUUGAAUGCACUCAUUCAAGAGCACCGUAGCAGGAAGCAGCGAGAAAAUACCAUGAUAGACCAUCUCUUGAAUCUGCAAGAAUCACAGCCUGAGUAUUAUACUGAUCAAAUCAUCAAAGGGCUUGUUUUGGGUAUGCUCUUUGCUGGAACAGACUCAUCAACUACAACAUUAGAGUGGGCAAUAGCAAAUUUAUUAAAUCAUCCAGAGGCAUUGAAGAAGGUAAGAGAUGAAUUGGACACACACAUAGGGCAAGACCGAUUCUUAGAGGAGUCAGACCUUUCAAAACUUCCUUACCUUAAGAAUAUCAUCCUUGAGACUCUACGGUUGUAUCCUCCGGCUCCACUGCUAUUACCACACAUGUCUUCAGAUGACCUCAAAAUUGAAGGAUUCAAUGUUCCACGAGACACUGUAGUGAUGAUUAAUUGUUGGGCCAUGCAAAGAGAUCCUCAGUUGUGGAGUGAACCCACAUGUUUUAAACCUGAGAGGUUUGAUAAAGAAGGAGAGGAAAAAAAGUUAAUUGCAUUUGGAUUAGGGAGAAGGGCUUGCCCGGGAGAAGCCUUGGCUAUGCAUAACGUUGGUUUGAAUUUGGGAUUAUUGAUUCAAUGCUUUGACUGGAAACGAGUAAGUGAGGAAGAGAUUGACAUGACAGAGAAAAAGUGGUUUACCCUAUCAAGGUUAGUUCCAUUGAAGGCCAUGUGUAAAGCUCGCCCACUCAUCAACAAAAUUUGAAGUAAUUAACUGUAGGGUUUGAUGUUUCUCAUAUUGUAAGGGAUAAAAUUAUUAUCUCUUAUGUAUAUAUAAAAUUGUGUAGAGCUAAUGCGAGAUCAUAUGAAAAGAAGAAAAAGAAAAAGAAAACAUGAGCUCCACAUACUUUUAUAAGUGUGCA